CCACUUUACCUUUGCAUUGAUAUAAACACCAUAUGGCUUAGCCAACUCUGCCAUCUUUCAUCUCUCUUUGAGAUUUUCUUUCUUUUUUUUCCUCUCUUCGACUGAAAAUUUUCUAUACUCAUUCUAAGCUAUUUUUCAACCAUGGUGGAUCUUAUUCACAUGUUCUUGAACGUAGCAGCUCCAACUUUCACCUUCUUUUCCCUCCUGUUUUUCUUGCCACCUUUUCUGUUUUUCAAUUUCUUCCUCUCCAUUGUUAGAUACAUCUUCAGUGAAGAUGUUGCUGGUAAGGUCGUUCUCAUCACUGGGGCUUCUUCAGGUAUUGGUGAGCAUUUGGCAUAUGAGUAUGCUAGAAGAGGAGCUCGUUUAGCUCUUGUUGCUAGGAGGGAAAACCGUUUAAGAGAAGUUGCGGAACAAGCAGAGCAGAUUGGUUCCCCUGAUGUUCUGAUGAUUGGUGCAGAUGUUUCUAAGGUUGAGGAUUGUAAGAGAAUCGUUGAUCAAACUGUGGAUCAUUUUGGGACCUUGGACCAUCUUGUGAAUAAUGCUGGAAUUAGUUCGGUAUGCAUGCUUGAAGAAGUAGAUGAAAUUACUAAUCUUAGACCUGUUAUGGAUACAAACUUCUGGGGUUCAGUUUAUACAACCCGUUUUGCAAUUCCACAUCUUAGAAACAGCAGAGGAAAGAUUGUAGUGCUCUCUUCCUCUUCUGCAUGGUUGCCUAUGCCAAGAACGAGCAUCUACAAUGCAAGCAAAGCAGCUUUGUUAAUGUUCUUUGAUACAUUGAGGGUUGAAUUUGGGUCGGACAUCAAGAUAACAAUUGUGACGCCCGGAUUCAUAGAGUCUGAACUCAAUCAAGGCAAAUAUUUACAAGGAGAAGGCAAAAUGACAGUGGAUCAAGAUAUGAGAGAUGUUCAAGUAAGUGUAAUGCCAGUUGGGAGAGCAAAAGCAUGUGCAAAGGCAAUUGUGAACAGUGCUUGCAGAGGUCAAAGAUACUUGACAGAACCAUCAUGGUUCAAGGUCACCUAUAUAUGGAAAGUUUUGUGCCCUGAUGUGAUUGAGUGGGCUUAUAGACUACUCUACCUCACUAAUCCAGGAACUUCACCAAGUGAAGCACCAAGCAAGAAGAUUUUGGAUUACACUGGAGCCAAAAAUUUGCUAUACCCUUCUUCCAUCCAAACUCCUGGUGUCAAGACUGAUUAGAAAAAACAGAAUUCCAUAGUUUCCAUGUAUAAUAUUUUAUAUGCUUUUUACUGCCGUUUGUUUAGUUGGAAAACUCCACACCAGUGCGACUGUAGCUUGUGUUAAAGAGUUAUGAGUAGGUUCUGUAGCUUUGGUACUGAGUGGAGGUUUGUAUGUUUGCUUGCAAAUGUUGGACAUGAUGUGUUUUAUAUAAAUGUAUGAGAUAAGAAACUUACCCCCA